UUGUUGUAUUUUCGGGGCAGCGGCGGUCGGAGUUUCCAGCUGCGGUCGCUGUCUGCGGACUCAGCGGUCUCUGAGGGGGGAGGCACUGCUUUACUGACAUUAUCUGGAAUACAACUGAGCUUCAAGUCACUGUCGAAGUUAUCGCACUACGAGAGGAGCCGUCGGGUGAGGUGAAGAUGGUGGACCGGCUUGCGAACAGCGAGGCCAACUCCAAGAGGAUUGCGGUGGUGGAGGGCUGCUUUGGCGCAGCGGGCCAACCGCUGGCCAUCCCCGGCCGUGUGCUGAUUGGCGAGGGCGUCCUCACCAAACUCUGCCGCAAGAAGCCCAAGGCGCGGCAGUUCUUCCUCUUCAACGACAUCCUGGUCUACGGCAACAUCGUCAUCCAGAAGAAGAAGUACAACAAGCAGCACAUCAUCCCGCUGGAGAGUGUCACCAUCGACACGGUGCCGGACGAAGGCGACCUGCGCAACGGCUGGCUCAUCAAGACGCCCACCAAGUCCUUCGCCGUCUACGCCGCCACCGCCACGGAGAAGUCUGAGUGGAUGAACCACAUAGGGAAGUGUGUGGGAGACUUGCUGCAGAAGAGCGGGAAGGCCCCGACGGGAGAGCAUGCCGCCGUGUGGAUCCCCGACUCGGAGGCGACGGUGUGCAUGCGCUGCCAGAAGGUGAAGUUCACGCCGGUUAGCCGCCGCCACCACUGCAGGAAGUGCGGCUACGUGGUGUGCGGGCCGUGCUCUGAGAAGAAGUACCUCCUGCCCAGCCAGUCGUCCAAACCCGUUCGCGUGUGCGAGUACUGCUUCGUGCAGCUGACGUCGGGAGGGCCGCGCUCAGACUCCAUCACCCGGCUGGGGUCAAAGUUCAACAACCUGUCGGACGAUGACGACGAAGACGACAGCAGCGACUGAGGAGCGAACUUCCUCCCGACGAACCACCUCGUCCCCACGUCGAGGAGGAAAUACUUAUUUCUUUGCUCCCAGAUGAAGAAUCGUGCUCCACCUCCGAGGAUUCAUUCAUUCACCUCAAACCAAAAUAUUUUUCUCUUUUUCCUCUAAUUCCAGCCGGGAUAAAUAUUUUCCUGAACAGUGAUUUAAACAAUGAAACGUGGAAUUAGCAGAACUCUGGGGGAAAACUGACUUUUCAUCACUUCCACUUUUUGCUCUUGAUUAGGCUGCGAUUAGUCACUACAGAACACGAUGGUGCUAAUGAGAAGCAUUCCUCCUCUAAGUUAAUUUCAUCUAAGAAGCUUCCUUUUUCCAGUUGUUUUUCCUUUUUAAUUGUAUGUCCAUGAACUACACAAGGUGAUUGCUUGUCAUUUCUGCAGGGAAAAGCAAAUGUUUGGUCUCUAACCUUUGAUGUCCUCUGUCCUUCAGGUUUUGCACCAAACGGGGCUCUUUUGUAAUAGAAGUUUGGUGUUUUCUGCGCUAUUUUGUAAAUUUGAGAUCCCUUUUUUAUCAAUAACAAAAUGUAGAUAUUACGCUAAACCCAGAGCUUUUCUAGUUGACCUAAAUGUAGUUGCUUCUGACAAAUCAGCGCGAGUGAUGUUCUCUGCAAACACACACAGUUUUCUCAGCAGUCGUCCCUCAAAAACUAACUCUACCUUUUGCCUUUGCCGUCACGUAGUGCCUUGUAGAAAAUUGCGCUCGGCCUUCAGAAAGAAAAAAGGGUUAUUUGUUAAUGAAUCCACGCAGCAAAUAAACAGGGACUUCAUGACAGUUUGACUCUGAAACACAUUACACGGGGGGGAGUAGUUCUGAAGCGCAGGAACCAGAUGCAGUUCCGUGUAGACUUUUCCUGGAAAAUUCGCUUUUUCCUGCAAGACAAUUGAAAGACUUGAAACAUCCAGGAACCUCUGACUCUGUUAGUAUAUGUACGAGUUGUUUAAAAGCCAGGCAAUGGUUUUAGUAUUGAGCUGCAUAAAAAUGUUUUCCACUAUGUGAAUUUAACAUAAUUCUGCUUCAUUCCAUAUUUGUUGGCGUUUAGCUUUUCAGAAAACAACAUCUUCACAGUUGUAUAACGGCAAUAACACAGCAGACGCUUUGAAUAUAAAACUAAAUAACAUUGGGUACAGCCCUAGUUAGUGGGAAGUGUAACUGAGCUCGUCACGUACUCCCCAACUCUGAACACAAACGAAUGAUUAAAACGCGUCAGAUAUUCUGAAUCAGGGUUAUUGUGGCCGCACGCUGAAUUCCUGUAGUGGAAGAACCCGAACCGUGUAGAAGUUCCUUCCUCUUGGAUGAGACUUCUCUACAAAGUUUGUUUGAUGCAUUAAAUAUUGGCUGUAAUUUAAUUUCUGGAUUUACAAAACUGUGAUCAGGAUACAAAAUGAUGUAAUGCGUCACAGAGAGCUACGACGGCGUAUCGGUGGGGGGGGGGGGGGGGAUAUCUUUCUCGCAGAUAUAAGACUUUAUAUCCAGGAAUAAAUUCAAGUUUUGUUUAUCGCAAAUUUGUGAGUUAUUUUUUCUUUAUUUACCACUUCAAUCUCAGAGAAUAUUGUAAAUGUAGAAGUUUAUUUCCCCUGAAUAUUACCCCCUCCCUCUGCUCCCUAAGUAUUAUUAGUUUGACCUACAAUGACCCUGAUACGCCGUCGUAGAGCAGCAGUGGAUUUCUUUUGUUCAACACUUGGCUGAUGCUUCCAGUGAAUGAAAUGCAAUAAUCAGGAAGUGUUGGAGCCUGCGCGUGUUUCUCUCGUCUUGCAUCAUGAGGCUGUAAGUCUCGUUCAGUAGUUCACUUGCUUUGCUUUUGCUGGAAAGAAACAUUCGGCGCGUCGUCUUCCUGCCAGUGGCUCUUCCCUGUGCUUCUGAGGACACAAAACAAACGCACCCCCCUGCUCAACUCUUGUGUAACCUCACAGGAACUUUCCCUCCACUGUCUGCCAACACCCGCUAACAUGGCCGUCCUUCCCUUCCGUAUGUUUUGCCUUUACUUUUUCACAGCGUCUAAUCACCUAAAUCAUGUGAUCUGUCGCUGAACCAGGAACUGAAAAGGCCUCUAAGAAAAACUUCCCGGUGCUCCUGUGAAGAGUUUCAUUCCUGAUAAAGAGGCAAACUGAAAAUGAAACACGUAUGACUUCUCACAUUUUUGUAACGUGAGGAAUAUAACAGUUUUUAAAGGGCAAUAAUUUGGAGCCAAAACCUUUUAAAAUAAAUUAGCAAAUUAUUAAUUUAGUUCGACUCCUUUUUUUAUUUGUGUGAUUUUCUCUGCAGAAAUUUAUAUUUUAAAGUUUCUCCUCAUUGGAGGUCCAAUCAGCUGGGAUCGUCAGUUCUGCUGCAAAUGAUAUUCAGUGUAAUCGUGUCAAGAGGUCGUCGUCGUUGUUGUUGUUCCGCUGCAUGUCUCGGGCUGUGGUAACAAUACUCCAGUGUUUCCUAUUACACCGGACAUUUUACAGGAAAAGAUAUUAGACUGUGUGUGUGUGUGUGUGUGUGUGUGUGUGUGUGUGUGUGCGCACCUUCAAGUUUACAGAUUGACAUUAUUAGGUUCCCUGUUAACAUGGUUCUAAAUCUGAAAUAUUGCUAAAUAGUUUUAUAUGAAGCGAUAAAAUAGAUUUAUUGUGAAGCCCUCGUGCGGAGCAGCAGUAAUGUGAGGGAGUACAUGCCGUGUAGACAAAUGCAAACCCUGCGUAGUUAUGUGGGCGUAGAAGGAAACGGACUCUGUGUUGCGUCAAACAUCUCUGCACAUGAGAAAACGCUUCUCCUCUGCAGGCAGCUCGUCUCUUGCACCUGAGCCGACUCUGAUCCUGUGGUGUCUCCUCUUCGUCACCACGGGAGGAAAAUGAGUGUUUUCAGGCAGAUCGAGAGUGAACUGUGAACACGGCUGCUUGUUAAGCUGCCAGUGCUCUCGCUCCGGUUGGGUUUGUUUUGCACGAGGCCUGGCGGAGAGGUGCACGUUGUGUGAAGCCCUCCGUUAGAACCGAGCAGCUUCAGGAACAGAGUAGAUGCUGGAAUGAAACUCUUCAGAGGUGGACUGUAACAUAUAAGUGACAUCAAACAUCAUUCUCUUCACACGUCUGCGUCAGAACAGGGAGAAGAAUGGGAUCGUUUUCUUUGUCUUUUACAGAUUUAAUGUUAAUGUUGCUGCAGUCAAACAACCGGAGAUGAUUUAGAGAACGUGACAUGUUGACGAUCACUAACCAGCUUUUAGAAAAGUCGCUGUGGCCGGUUUGCUUUGCACGUAACAAAGUUGGCACAUUGACUUUGAUCCAGGUGGAGUAGUUACUUCAACGCUGGAGUCCUUAAAACAAAUCUUCAUGUUUUUAAUCCUGUUUUUUUGUUUGUACAUUUGUACAGAUUUGUUUUGGGUUUAUUCUUUGUUGUACAGUUCGGAUCCGUUCUGAAAUGACGCUGUUGCGCGUCUCCCUCCUCCCGUCUGUCACAUCUCAGCAGCAUCUGCAGCCUUUUCAAAACGUCAAGUAAACAAGAGAUCCUGGCUUCUGUAAAGCAGGAGGUGAGAGAAACCUGAUCUCCUGGAGAAAUCACAGCUAGUCUGCAGGACGGGGUACGCGUCUGCAGGACGGGGUACGCCGUACCGCGUCUGCAGGACGGGGUACGCCGUACCGCGUCUGCAGGACGGGGUACGCCGUACCGCGUCUGCAGGACGGGGUACCGCGUCUGCAGGACGGGGCGCAGAGAGGGGAAACCAUUUGAAGUCUGACUAAGUGGAUUCUACUCAGGAUGUCCCGAUACCAGAAAUGUGGUAGUCUGCAACUAUUGUUUUCAUUAUCGAUUGUUUUCUAGAUGAAUCAUUCGGUCAAUAAAAUGUCCUCAAUGUCCAAAACUCAAAUAUAUUCACUUUAAUAUGAUUAAUACCGGUAAAAGCAGGAAAUCUCUGAAAACAGCAUCAACAUUUUAAUCAGUCUGCAUCGUCCAGCGGUUUGUUCGGACACAAUGUGAUCGAAAUGUUUCGGAUCUGAUUUCAAGGCUUUUGAUUACAUUAACAGAAACUCUAAUGUAGUGGCUUUAAUUUAAAUUGUCAUUUUGAAUUGUUUCCUUUUUUUCAAAUAGCUGAUCAGGUGACUGAUGAUCAAAACGUUAAGCUUCCUUUAAACGCUCAGCGUUGAUCUUUAAACGUCCAUUUUAACGUGUUUAUUUCUGUCGCUGAUGUCUCUUUGUUUUUACUCAUCAAGACUCUGCUGCAUUGAUCCUCAUCAACUCGUUAAGUUUUAGAAGAUAUUUUAAAAUUAAUACAUCGUUAAUUAAAUUUGGAAUUUCUCUGAGAUACGAACUCGUUACAAGUUUGUCAUUAUAGUGAAAAGUUUCUCACUGUUAGAAAUAAGCUUCUGUAGUUUUGUCCCUGCUUUAAUUUCCUUGCGGUAAAUGUGACGGGAUGAUGAGGAUCGAUGAAAUUAAACUUUCUGAAAACAACAGUGUGAUUGGCUUUAACUCAAAGUCUGUGAGAGGAUUAGUCCUGAAAAGCUCCAGAAUAAAGUUUGCACAUGGACUCACAAUGUGAGAUUGAUGGGACUUUGACUUCAAUCAAAGCUGCAGAUUCUGAGAUUUGUUGGGGAGACUAACAAAGGAGACGUGUUGCGACUGGCUGAAAGAGAUCAUUUUGUUUUAUUUGGUUUUUGUUGUCUCGUGGAUUUUGUUCUUUCUGUUGCCGUUUGUCAUUUUUGGUGUUUUUUUUCUUUCUUCGUUUCAUUUUAAUACCUUUUUUUUUUAAAAAGCUUAAUAAUAAUAAUAAUAAUAAAGGGCUUCAAUCAGAAUGUAACCCAGCAUAUCAUUGUUCCUUCAGAAAUCUUUAAGUAUAUAUUAUAUAUAAAUAAUGUAUUGUCUAAAGCUGGA